AUGGUGCUGCAUUAUAAGGCCGUGGACCUCCACGAGGUCAGCUCUGCGAGGAGGGGUGGUCUGGUGGGAGAAGCUGGGGUGGGUGUGGCUCACUGGGCCAGAAGCGGGCGACUCAGCCAAGUCAAGGUCUGCAGCAGCAGGAGGAAGCGGAGACCGUGUUGCCUGGGGAAUCGCAUCCAGAGCGUUUCCCAGAGCGAGAGAAGGGGCCUCAGACGACACCGGAGGCCAGUAGGCAGCGCAGUGACCAGGAAGAGAAGUGGUCUCUGUGGCAGCGAACAUCCCAGCGUCAGCAUGAGCCCAGCAGACCUCAUUCCUUCAGCGGCGGGGAGCACCUGA